AUGGGUGCGGAGAAAAUUUAUCUUUGCUUUCUAACAGUCUUAAUUUUGUCGAUAUUUUCUUGGGCUAAUAUCGUACAAACCGAUAAAGGUCCAGUUCAAAGUAAAAAUUAUAAUAUUGAAGGUAAAGCUGUUUAUGGAUAUCUCGGUAUCCCUUUCGCGCAACCACCAGUAGGUAAUUUAAGAUUUCAAUCUCCUCAGCCGAUUCAAACACCAUGGACACAAACUAAGAAUACAACGACAUUGCCGUAUGCUUGUCCCCAAGCGUUACCAAUUCCUGAUCUUAGUUCACAAACGAAACAAGGUCAAGUUAACGAAGACUGUCUGUAUAUGAACGUGUGGACACCAACAACCAAUAAUGCCUCCAAUCUUGCUGUAUUUGUAUUUAUCCAUGGCGGAGCUUAUUACUACGGUAGUGGAUCGAGAUGGCAAGGCAAAGUACUAUCUGCUAAUCAAAAUAUCGUCACAGUUACCAUGAAUUAUCGAUUAGGUGCUUUCGGCUUUAUGACAACAUCUAAAGUCAAUGACAAUUACCCUAUUGAACCAAAUCUUGGCUUACUCGAUCAACAAUUAGCUUUGAAGUGGAUUCGUAACAAUAUUGCCAAAUUUGGCGGUAAUCCACAAAAUGUAACUAUUGCAGGCAAUUCUGUUGGUGCUGUAUCUGUAGGAUUGCAUACAAUGUCCCAAGGUAGUAAAGGCUUAUUUCAUCGCAUCAUUAUGGAGAGUGGUGCCCCUAUUAUGCCACAAUUCUAUUACGUUGAUUUUAAAAUACCAAACAUAGUAUUCCAAAAAGUUGCCCAGCUUUCAAAUUGUAGUCGUUCGACAGCAGCUCAAAUUGUAACAUGUCUUCGAGCACUUACUAUGAAAGAGUUACUCACAGCUCAAUUAACAACGAUGGCAACUUAUCCAUUAGGAUUUGUAGUUGUUGCAGGAGGCCAAUUUUUACCUGACAGCCCGGAGACACUGUUAAAAAAUGGACAAUAUGAAAAAGUGAAUACAAUGUUGGGCACAACCACUGAUGAUGGCUCUAUAUUCUUACAAGUUAAUCGGUAUCAAAAUAUUGGUCAAGGUUUACCACGAGCUGUCUUUCUGGGUACAAUCGCCGGCUAUUUUGCCGCAUAUAGCCAACAAUCAAGGUCUGCUAUCGAAUAUCAAUAUACAAAAUAUGCAAAAGAAAAUGAUCCAAUUGCUAACAGAGACGAAAUUAAUAAGUUAUUCAAUGACUUUUUUUUUGUGGCACCAGCUGACAAGUGCGCAAGAAAAUAUUCAGCUGACGGUGUAUCCACUUACUAUUACGAAUUUGCAUUUCGAACUCAAUUAUCUACUGCAUUUCCUCCAUAUAUGGGUGUUACACAUACAAUGGAAGUGCCUUAUGUAAUGGGUUAUCCUAUUAAUAGGCCAAGCAGUUUUUCAGCUAAUUUCACAUCUGAAGAUGUUGCGGUAUCUCGUGAUAUCAUGCAAAUUUGGGGCAGUUUUAUUAAGCAUGGUACACCGACAAUGGCAUCAUCGGCUGCGCAGUGGCCUAUGUAUAAUGCAAAUAAUGCAUCCUACUUUAAAAUUAGCAAUCAAUCAGAAAUUAGAAAGGAUUAUCUUUCUGAUCGUGUUGCAUUCUGGAACAAGCUAUUACCAAAGCUGGGAGUACCCAGCACUACCGUUCCCACACCAACGACAAAGCCGACACCGACACCGACUAAAGGAAUGACUACGCCUUCUACGACAAUGAUGACCACCAACAAUCCUGCAAUGUCCGGCAUGGUUCGCAGAGAGUAUAUGAUAGCUACAUACGUUUUAGCAGCUAUUGCAGCAAUUUUUAUAACCACUUUAAUCAUAGUUUUGUUUAAGCUGCAUCAAGCCAACAAUAAUCGUAUCAAAGGCACCAGUAUAUCCAAUAGUCAUAAAUUCUAG